GUACAUUACAUUUUGGUAGACUGCACUCUGUGUAAACCACAACAUCAUGUCAAAAAGGACAUGCUCACUGGCGUGUGUGUGUGCGUGUGUGCGUGUGCGUGUGUGCGUGUGUGUAGGAGGUGGACCAGAGUGCCACCUGUUCUUGAUCACAUGACCCUGCAGUAACACUGUGAGUCACUCAGGAACAGGCGACACAUGCCAAACACAGACACACACAUGCACACACACACACAUACACACACACAUACACACUCCCAGAUGGCCACAGCAACGGCCAAGGCAGGGCCUCAUGUUUGGCCUGACACACACUUUGGCUUUAUGAACCACUAAAAUGUCGACUGUGUAUUGAACCCCAAACGACAAUGUUGAUUGUGUUACCAUUCCAUCAUAGAAUGGCAUGCCAACCAUGUUGUAACCACUUGACCCCAAGCCCAGACUGACCAUGUUGUCAACCAUGUUGUGUGUUCAGGAGGUGCAGGCAGAGGGAGAGAGAGCGCCUGAGGUGUCGUAAUAUGGUGGUCAACUGACCCUCCAACCUCCCUGCCGCUGACCAGACUGAAGACGUGGCAUAUACAGUCUCCAUGUUCCUAGUAAACGUGGGAGAGGGUGAGCGAGAGAGAGAGAGGGAGACGCUGCUACAGUCACACUGAAACUGCUAGUCCCUGUCUGUCUCCCGACUCUGACUGACAGGGCUGAAGAAAUCCCAGAGAUGAUUGGCUGUAGAAGCUGAGACUCGACGAGACAGGCGAUCUUGAACUCGGUGCUAUUCUGAAAGGCUUUUUAUAGGGGGAGAGGAAGAGGGAUAGACCCACUCACUACACACGCUAGUAGAGCUCAUUUUGGAAGCAACACUGACUGUUCAGCUGGCUGUAUUGUAUUUGUGUUGUUGACGUGUCGAGGGUCUUCCUCGGUGUUGGCGCGUGGCCUUCUCUGUGCUGCGGUGGAGGGCUUCACAGACGCAGCUAGUGUGGCUGGAUGCAUCACGCAGUAGAGCAGUUUGGCGGGCGUGGCACACGGGACUCCUUCCCUCUGGACGGACUCAGCCGGGGAACAUGGGCUCCCGUGGGCGGCCACGUCACCUGGGCGCCACCUGCCAGGUGUCCGCCAGGUGUCAAUCAACACCAGCUCCUACCCCAUCUACCGCCCAGUCACAUGGGUGGACUGAACCAUCCCAGUAAAUUCUUCAAUAAUGGGCCCAUGCAGGUGCGUGGCAGUGAGAAGCAGGAGCUGGCCCAGGCCAUGUUACCUGGCCUCCAGAGAACGGACCAGCAACACCUCCCUCCUCCCCCUCACAGGGCAUGGGAACAGCCGGGUCAGCUGUACGAGUCGCCCCUCCUUCCUCAUCCAUCCGUACCCCUGCCCAGCGACCACGCGACCCGUCUGCAUGGCGGGUAUAGCCCCGGGCCUCCCGCCAGCCUGCCCCCAAGGCCCAAUCAGCUACUGAAGUAUGUGGACCCUCAGGAGCAGCAUCUUCUCAGGGGUCCGACAUCGCUGGGUGAUGACAUGUGGGCUCAGGUGCAGCAGAGGGGUUACCCAGGGAAGAUGUUGGGAGGGCAGCUGAAGAGACUGGCCCCCCCUCUCGGAGAGUACUCGGUUAUCCGGCACACCCCGCACCCCUCUCGCCCCAAUGAGGACUGCCCCAGUCCCAGCAAGAGGAAGAGGAGCUCUGAGCAGGUUCCACACCCAGGCAUACAGAGGUUCUCUGGCCCAGGAGGGCACCCCCUGCCCCCACAGCAGCAGCCCCCGUCCCACUACCCCCCUCCUCCACCCAAACCUGCUUUCUGGAACCCCAUGCACAAGGCGAGUGGCGCCCCCCGGGCCCAGCCCGAACGCAAGAACGGUUCCCCUGAGUUCCAGGUCCGUGCCGAGUCAGUCAAGUCCUGCAUGGGCGGCUACACCUACAAACCUCCCGCCCCCUCGCCCAUCUCCCCACCCCUCACCUCCUCCCCGGGAGGCUACCCUCAGAGGCACAGCGGGCCCCACCCACCCCACAAGCCCUCAUUCUCACCUCAGGCCCUCAAUCAACCCCCCCACAACAACCCCCACAGCUCUCACCCGCAGUACCCUAAACAACCAGCCCCGCCCCGCAUGGGGAUGGAGCCCAGGGGAGGUCCUCCUACCCCCCAGAGAGGCCCUACCACUGGGGGUAGGGGAGUCAACAACCAUCCGCCUCCUCACCACCACCAACCUCCAGCAAGGGGGGACAGGGACAGUAGGGAGCCCCCCCAACCCUCACCAGCAAACCACACCGGCGUGCCUUACAGCCACAACCCCCACUUCCAGCCCCACCCCGGGCUGGGCCACACUGCCCCCCACCCCCCUGCUAGCAGCACAGCAGUACCUCAGCAGCACAACCCCAGUCCCUCCCACCAUGAGGCCUGGAGGCCCCAGGGACAGGGGCAGGGCAGGCCACAAAACAACCACCCCCUGGAGUCGGGUCACUACAGGGCAGGGCUGGUACCUCAGGGGCAGCAGAACCAGGCUGGGGAGACCCGGGGUCCCGCGUCCCUCCAACACCAUCAGCACCCCCACAUCAGCUCCCCUCAGGUUCCAACCAGAACCCCCGUCAUCAUCUCCACCCCCCAGGCCCUCUGCUCACAGUCCCAAAACAACCGCUACAACAACAGUAGUAGUAUUACUGGACCUGCACUCUCCACUGUGAUCACAGCACCACCUGCUGUGUGUUCUACUAACAGCACCUGUAGGAGAGGCAGGGAGACGAUGUCACUGCCCCACCAGUCCUCAGCUGCGUCUCAGCUGGAGAGAGACCCAGAGAGGAGCCCCAUCCACCCCAUGCUGCACCCAGGGUAUCAGGGAGCCCACGCGGGCACUGCCAACCACCCACACCGGGCGCCACCCAGGCCCCAGCAGCAGCAGUUCCCUAGCCAGCACCACCAACAGUCUGUCCAGGGGAAGUCUUACUAUGGACGGUCUGAUCCGGAUGGCACUCCGGCCUCCUCUUCAUCCUCCUCCUCUUCGUCAUUCUCAGGACACCAGAGGGCAGGGGAGAGCGUCAUCACCAGCAGGGGGUCUCACCCCAGCCCCCUCACCCAGACUGAGGUCACUAGCUCACCCCUGCACCGCCCCAUGCCACAACCCCACACUGUCAGCUCUGCCCCCCAGCCAGCCUCCAGCCCCUCCUACUCCAGACUCUGUGCCCAGCCUGCCCCCCAGGCUACCACCACCUCCUCAGCCAAGGGGUAUCUAAAUUCUCGACCCCAGCCACCUCCACCCUCAGCCCCCCAGUCCAUGGAGGAGGCUCUGGAUAAACUGGAUGCUGAGCUCCAGGGUCAUAUGCAGGCCGAGGAGAGGAGGGAGCAGGAAGAGCGGAAGAGGAGGGAGAGGGAGCAGGAAGAGAGGAAGAGGGAGUGGGAGAGAGAGCAGGAAGAGCGGAAGAGGAGGGAGAGGGAGCAGGAAGAGAGGAAGAGGAGGGAGUGGGAGAGAGAGCAGGAAGAGCGGAAGAGGAGAGAGAUGGAGAGAGUGGAAGAGGAGAAGAAAAGAAGGGAAUGGGAAAAAGAGCAAGAGGAAAGGAAGAGGAGGGAUUCGGUGAGGGAACGAGAGGAAGAGGAGAGGAAGAGGAGGACUGAGUUGAUGAAAGAGGAGGAGAGGAGGAAGGUGGAGGAGGAGAUGAGCCGGAGUAAUAAAAGAAGAGAGGAGUCUGCCAUCGAGAGUCUGGAGAGACUCCUGUCCGGCAACUCCUCUGCUCCUCCACCUCCUCGCCUGUCCACCGUCUCCUCCUUUGUCCCACCCACCCCCAGACAGUCAUCCUCCUCGCCCCCCUACCCCUGGCUGAGCCGGGGCGGGGCUCCCCCUUGUCCCCCAGGCCAGGCACCACCACCUCCCGCCCCCCUGGAGAUGUCACGGCCGCCCCCUCUCACCCCCCAGACGGAGUACGCCAGGGAGAAGCAGAGGCAGAGAGAGAUGUGGGGUGAAACCCCCCCCUCGUUAUUACACACUAGUAACGUCACCUCAGGGAACAACGCCCUGACCUCAUCGGGGCCCUUUUACCCCAACCACCCCUCAAAUAAGACCUUGACACAAGGUGCCUCCCCCCGCCCAUCCAAAGACACCCCCCAUCCCAAGGAGAACGAUAGUCAGCAGACCCGAGGGGGAGCGAUGGGCGCUGUGGAUCCCCUCCACACCUCCAGCACGGUCACCCUCCGAGAGCCCCCCAAACUCUUCCAGGCAUUCCCCAGGGAUAGCCUUUCGUCUAGGCCCAGCACCUCCAGGAUCAGCAGCAGCACGUCCAGCACAGGGGGCCUCCCCAACAAGCGCAUGCCCAGCGGAGGCCUAGGCAGCCUGGGUUGCAGCACUAGCAGCAGUAACAGCGGCGACUCCGACAGCGCCCAGUUUGAGGAGGAACCCUUGGAGCUCUCAACGUUACUCCCGGACGGUCUGGCCAACAUCAUGGCCAUGCUGGAUGAGUCCAUCAAGAAAGAGGAGGAAUCUCUGUACUGCAGCGACCGGAACGGUGCUAGGGAGACCAUCAUAAAUGCCUUCUCUGCUAUGCCGCCGGCCAAGAGCUAUCUGUGCGCCCCGGACCUCAUCCCAGCGCCCAAUCAGCAACCGCAGGACGACUUUGUUGGGACGAACGUCCACGCCAGCCCCCCUGUACUGAGCCGACAGGGUUCCCUGGCCUCCCCCUGCAGCCGGACCUCCUCCAUCAACGAGGAAGACGAGGAGGGUUGUCUCGCCCUGAAACCCGCUUUGGAGCUCCACGAGCCAGCCGUCCCCCUCAACUCCGACCCCCAGUCAGGGACUAACUACAGCCACAGCGAUCUGGCUAAACUCUACGGUCUCCCGGAGCCUGUGAAGAGCGAGGGUGAUGACGAGGAUGAGGAAGAUGAGUCGGAGACCCCGUCCAGUUCCCCUCCCCCGCCCCAGAGGCCCCACCUCCACCAGACGGGGGUGAGCAGCACCUUCAAGUCUCAGGCCGCCCUGGAGAGCCAGAAGUAUGCCUACCGAGGAGGUCCGUUUGGCCGCCCGCCCCCCUCUGCUCUGGGGGGACUGAAGUACUCCUCCUCCCUCUCUCUGGGUCCCGACAUCCAACAGCAGCAGAAUAGCACCUCCCCCACCUCGGAUUCCACCAAUCACCCAGGCUUCACGCCGUCUACGGCACCUCCCCUAAAGACCCGCCCACACUCCCCCUCCAGCUGGGAGGCAAAGAGACAGGUCAAUAUCAAGAUGGAGGAGCCUGAUAUCUGGAGAGAUGGGAGAGAGGCCAUGGAGAAGAGGCUCCAUUCCACGAGGGUGGAGCCCAAGUGUUAUACCUCUACACAACCAAUCAAGAUGGAGCCCAAGGAAGAGGCCACGCUUACAACCAUCUCCGAGUCUUCUCUGGCCGAGCUGGGCCGAAGCUGUGAGGUUCUCCUGACCCGACACUCCAGCUCCCUCCCCAGAAAGAACCCCUCCGACAGGACCAAGACUGAGCUCAAACAUGAGGCCAGGCACCACAAGCCCGAGAGAGAGCGGGAACGACACCGAGAGAAGGAGAGGAAACCCGGCCGGAGCAAUAAGCACGGGGAGAGGAAAGAGGGGAAGAAAAAGCCGAGAGAGAAACGAGACGAGAUGUCCUCCUCCUCCUCUUCGUCCUCUCACUCCUCCUCCUCCAGUUCCAGUUCGAAGCGGCACAGGCACAAGGAGAAGAAGGACCACCGGCGGAUCCUCGGGAACCUGGACCUUCAGCGUAAGGAGAUCCGGGAGAAGGACCGCGACCGCGUUCGCGCCGACAUGAGGAGGAAGGAGGCUGGGUCCACCAGCGAAGGUGAAACCUCCGAAUGGGCGUCCCGUAGUAGAAGUGAAAGAAGUUCAGGAGUCCUGUCUGCUUCUCCGGACAGAGGGGCUGGAUCAACGCUGCAGGGUUCAGCUGCUGACUUCAUGAAGCUGAAGGCCCUGUCGGACGGGCCGCCCAAGGAGCUGAAGAUCAGGCUGAUCAAGGUGGAGAGUGGCGACCGAGAGACGUUCAUCGCCUCUGAGGUGGAGGAGAAGCGGACACCCCUGGAGGAGAUCAGCAUCGAGAACACCGCCGCAGAGGUCAUCAGGGCCUGCAAGGGUGCGAGGGUGAAGGGGAAGUUCAGAGAGUCCUACCUGCUCCCUGCGUUCUCUGUCAAGCCGCUAUUUACUACAGAGCCCCUCCCACGGGAUAAACUCAACCCCCCCACGCCCAGCAUCUAUUUGGAGAGUAAGAGAGAUGCCCUCCCUGUACUACUGCAGUUCUGUACAGACCCCAAGAACCCUGUUACUGUCAUCAGAGGACUGGCCGGGUCCCUACGACUCAACCUGGGUCUGUUCUCCACGAAGUCUCUGGUAGAUGCUAACUCUGAGCAUGCUGUGGAGGUGAGGACCCAGGUACAGCAGCCUGCUGAUGAGAACUGGGACCCCAGCGGCACGGGGCAGACCUGGCCCUGCGAGAGCAGCCGCUCACACACCACCAUUGCCAAGUACGCCCAGUACCAGGCUUCAUCCUUCCAGGAGAGUCUGCAGGAGGAGAAGGGUAGUGAUGAAGAGGCUGAGGAAGAUGAGGAAGACAAGGAGAAGACGAGUAAGGAGACCAGCCCUGAGACACCUAGCAAAGAACCCACAAGUAAAGAUGCUACAAGUACUGAACAGAAACCAGUGGGGAAGAUAAUCAAGUUUGGCACCAACAUUGACCUGUCAGACCCCAAGAGGUGGAAGGCCCAGCUGCAGGAGCUCCAGAAGCUUCCGGCCUUCAUGCGCGUGGCGUCCAGCGGCAACAUGCUGAGCCACGUCGGACACACCAUCCUGGGCAUGAACACUGUCCAGCUCUACAUGAAGGUCCCCGGGAGCCGCACGCCUGGCCACCAGGAGAACAACAACUUCUGCUCUGUCAACGUCAACAUUGGGCCUGGAGACUGCGAGUGGUUCUCCGUGCACGAAAACUACUGGCCGGCCAUCGACGACUUCUGUGAAAAGCACGGAGUAGACUACCUGACUGGUUCCUGGUGGCCUGUUCUGGAGGACCUGUACCGAUCCAACAUCCCCGUGUACCGCUUCAUUCAGAGGCCCGGGGACCUGGUGUGGAUCAACGCAGGGACCGUCCACUGGGUCCAGGCUGUGGGCUGGUGCAACAACAUCGCCUGGAACGUGGGCCCACUCAACUCCUACCAGUACCAGCUGGCCCUGGAGAGGUUUGAGUGGAACGAGGUCAAGAAGGUCAAGUCCAUUGUCCCCAUGAUCCACGUGUCCUGGAACGUGGCCCGCACCGUCAAGGUCACCGACCCCGACACAUACAAGAUGAUCAAGCACUGCCUCCUGCAGUCCAUCAAGCACAUCCAGGUUCUGCGAGACCAGCUGGUAGCAGCAGGGAAGAAGAUCUCCUACCAGAGCCGAGUGAAGGACGAACCAGCUUACUACUGCAACGAGUGUGAUGUGGAGGUGUUUGACCUGCUGUUCGUGACGUCUGAGAGUGGCAGCAGGAAGACCUACGUGGUCCACUGUGAGGACUGUGCCCGCCAGAGAAACCCCAGCCUCUCCAACAACGUAGUGGUUUUGGAGCAGUACCGCAUGGAGGAGCUAAUGAGUACCUACGACGCAUUCAGCCUGACUGCAGGCCCGAGUACACGGUGAUAAAGCUCCUCCCUCUCCACGUCUCACAGCCAUAACCAAAACUCCUGCCAGACAGGACUUAACAUCUUUAAAAAAAAACUUCUUUUUUUUUCCCCCCCUUCGUUAUUUAAGAUGUUUUUACUACUGCUAAUACUUGCCGAUCAAACAGCCAAUCGAAAACCAGUUUACUACUCAUCACUGUUUACAAAACCGAACCGCCAAUCAAAUGCCAGUUUACCCUUGUUGUAGACUGUUCAUGAGCAGCGUUCUGGUUUCCGGAGGACUUGAAAAAAAUGGAAAGGCAGUUGGUGCUAGUUGCCAUUGUGAACAAGCAACAAAGGGUUGACAGUUAUCAAUGGCAUGAAUUUUAGUAUUUCCAUAUCUUUUUUUUUUUUAAUCAUGAAUUCUGAAAUUUGUAAAUGCUGUGUAUUUUAUGUGGGGUGCUGUUUGUUUGUUUUUCUAAAAUAACGUAUUUUCUUUUGAGACUAGAUCAGCCCUAGAUAUAUACCACAUUGGCCUUGUGACUUGUAUUUAGAAGAUAAAUAAGAUGCAUUUUUUGUCUAAAAGCAUUAAGAAUAAGGAGACACAAUAAAAAUACAAUUGUUUGAAAUGCUUAGAAACAUACGGGUUUUAAAGUCUUUUUUUUAGAUUUUCUGUUUAGUCUUUCUUACUCUUGUAUGUGUUGUGUUUUUACAAAUGUAUAAUGUUUAUUUCCACGGGAACGCGAAAGAGUCAAUUGUCACAACUCUUUAGGAGUACAUCAGGUCUUUUUGUUUUAAUGAAUUGCUUCCAUUUUUGCAUCGUUUUGUACCUCUGAUUUUGUUAGUUUUUUGCUUAAUAUACAGAUUUAUAAUUUUUCUUCUGGAUUUUACAUUGUACAUUUCUUUUUUUAAUUUAAAAUGUUUCUUAUAUUUAUAGGAUGUCAAUGUUCUCCCCUUACUUUUAUUAGGGUUUGAAAGUCCUCUGUAACAACUGAAAGGGUGUGUUAUGGGAGGACAAGGUUCUCUGGUGCUUCUUCUGGUUCUAUAUAUAUAUAUGAUAUUUCUAAUGAAUAUAACUUACACUUUCCCUGUAGUUGGUAGGAUCCACUGCCGAGGUUGAGUUGACGAAUGGAGACGGUCUUUUUAAUGCGUGGGGGGGAAAUUGUCAUAGUUUUUCAUUCUUUUUAGGGGGCUUUUAUUUUGUAUUUUUUUAUAUAUAUAUAUUAUUGUAAUCUGUUGGAAUAUUGACUUAUGGGAUAGAAAGGUGCUACAGUUUUCGGAUAAACUAUUUUUGUUUUUCCUUCAAGAUAAAUUCUAUUUUUCCUGUUGCAAUAUACCUUCCCUUUCCUUCUCUUUGUGGUCAUUUAUUUAAAAUGCACUCUUUAGAACACACACACACACCAAACUGAGCCAGACAUUUCUUAAACACUUUGUGAAUUUGUGUGACAUUUUACUAUGACUUAUUAAUAAAUAAACGCUUUUGAUGAAGCCAAAAAUGUG